AUGGUCAAUCAAUUCUUCAAACAUUGGAUUAGAGGGUCCAACCCGAGAAUGGAAUUGGCACGUUUCGUAUUUGUCAAUGGUCAAGUUGUAAGAAAGGAAAUUGUAUUGAAAGGUUUGCAAUAUCAAGUAGUGCUAAUGGAUCCAAUUGAAGGAGAGGGCGAAGAAGAAGUUGAAGGAUAUGAUAUCCGACGAAACGACGGAACUGUGGGAACUAUUUCAAUUGAACAAACUGAUCAAGGAUGCGAUGUUUAUUUUCAAAUUUUCGAGCAAUUCUAA